AUGGCAACUAAUGUUAACAGGCACAAGCCCUGGCUGGAGCCCACCUACCAUGGGAUUGUGACGGAGAAUGACAACACAGUGCUGCUUGACCCGCCCCUGAUCGCCCUGGAUAAGGACGCGCCUCUGCGCUUUGCAGAGAGUUUUGAGGUGACAGUCACCAAAGAAGGUGAGAUUUGUGGCUUUAAAAUUCACGGGCAGAAUGUCCCCUUUGACGCAGUGGUAGUGGAUAAGUCCACUGGAGAGGGGAUAAUUCGCUCCAAAGAGAAACUGGACUGCGAGCUGCAGAAAGACUACACAUUCACCAUCCAGGCCUACGACUGCGGGAAGGGCCCUGACGGCACUGGCGUGAAGAAGUCUCAUAAAGCAACUGUCCACAUCCAGGUGAACGAUGUGAACGAGUAUGCCCCUGUGUUCAAGGAGAAGUCCUACAAGGCGACGGUCACUGAGGGCAAGCAGUAUGAUAGCAUCCUGAGGGUGGAGGCCGUGGACGCAGACUGCUCCCCUCAGUUCAGCCAGAUCUGCAGCUACGAGAUCGUCACUCCUGAUGUGCCCUUCGCUGUGGACAAGGAUGGUUAUAUAAAGAACACCGAGAAGCUAAACUAUGGGAAAGAACGUCAGUAUAAGCUGAGCGUCACGGCCUAUGACUGUGGGAAGAAGAGGGCCGCGGAAGAUGUUCUGGUGAAGAUCAGCAUUAAGCCCACCUGCACACCUGGGUGGCAAGGCUGGAGUAACAGGGUUGAGUACGAGCCUGGCACUGGCGCCCUGGCUGUCUUCCCAAACAUCCACCUGGAGACAUGUGAUGAGCCAGUGGCCUUGGUGCAAGCCACAGUGGAGCUAGAGACCAGCCACAUCGGGAAAGGCUGCGACCGAGACACCUACUCUGAGAAGUCCCUGCACAGGCUCUGCGGGGCUGCUGCAGGCACUGCCGAGCUGCUCCCUUCCCCCAGCAGCUCCUUGAACUGGACCAUCGGCCUCCCCACUGACAACGGCCAUGACAGCGACCAGGUCUUUGAGUUCAAUGGCACCCAGGCAGUGAGGAUCCCUGAUGGUGUAGUUUCUGUCAACCCCAAGGAGCCCUUCACGAUUGCCAUGUGGAUGAGGCAUGGACCUUUCGGCAGGAAGAAGGAGACGAUUCUUUGCAGUUCAGACAAGACAGAUAUGAACCGACAUCACUACUCACUCUACAUUCAUGGGUGCAGGCUGAUUUUCCUCCUCCGUCAGGACCCUUCCGAGGAGAAGAAAUACAAGCCUGCAGAAUUCCACUGGAAGUUGAAUCAGGUCUGUGAUGAAGAGUGGCACCACUUCGUCCUCAACGUGGAGCUCCCAGCUGUGACUCUGUAUGUGGACGGCGCCUCCCAUGAGCCCUUCUCAGUGACUGAAGAUUACCCGCUUCAUCCGUCCAAGAUAGACACGCAGCUCGUCGUGGGGGCUUGCUGGCAAGAGUAUUCAGGAGUUGAAAGUGACAAUGACACUGAGCCUGUGACUGUGGCCUCUACAGGUGGCAGCCUGCACAUGAUCCAGUUUUUCCGAGGGAACCUGGCUGGCCUCACAGUCCGCUCUGGGAAACUCGCAGACAAGAAGGUGAUCGACUGUUUGUAUACCUGCAAAGAGGGGCUGGACUUGCAGCUCCCUGAGGACAGCAGAGGUAUCCAGAUCCAGUCAAGCUCCAGCCAGUCGGUGUUGACUCUGGAAGGUGACGACAUUGGGGAGCUAGACAAGGCCAUGCAGCACCUGUCCUACCUGAACUCGAGGCAGUUCCCCACACCAGGCAUCCGGAGGCUCAGAAUCACCAGCACGAUCAAGUGCUUUAAUGAGGCUACCACCUGCAUCGAGGUCCCCACUGUCGAGGGCUAUGUGAUGGUUUUGCAGCCCGAAGAACCCAAGAUCAGCCUGAGCGGCAUCCACCACUUUGCCCGAGCAGCUUCUGAAUUUGAGAGCUCGGAAGGGGUCUUCCUGUUCCCAGAGCUUCGGAUCAUCAGCACCGUCACGAGGGAGGUGGAGCCUGAUGGGGACGGGGCUGAGGACCCCACAGUCCAAGAGUCCCUGGUGUCCGAGGAGGUCGUGCAUGACCUGGAUACCUGCGAGGUCACGGUGGAGGGAGAGGAGCUGAGCCCGGAGCAAGAGAGCCUGGAAGUGGAUGCCGGCCGGCUGCAGCAGAAGGGCAUUGAAGUGAGCCGCUCAGACCUGGGCGUGGUUCUCAGAGGCGUGGACACCAUGGCCAGCUAUGAGGAGGUGUUGCACCUCCUGCGCUAUCGGAACUGGCACACCAGCUCCCUGCUAGACCGGAAGUUCAGGCUCAUCUGCUCCGAGCUGAAUGGCCGUUACCUGAGCAAUGAGUUUAAAGUGGAGGUGAAUGUGAUCCACACCGCCAGCCCCGUGGAACACGCCAACCACAUGGCCGCCCAGCCACAGUUUGUUCACCCUGAGCACCGCUCCUUCGUGGACCUGUCGGGCCACAACCUGGCCAAUCCUCACCCAUUCGCAGUUGUCCCCAGCACGGCCACUGUGGUGAUUGUGGUGUGUGUCAGCUUCCUGGUUUUCAUGAUUAUCCUGGGAGUGUUUCGGAUUCGGGCUGCACAUCAGCGGACGAUGCGGGACCAGGAUACGGGGAAGGAGAAUGAGAUGGACUGGGACGACUCAGCCUUGACCAUCACCGUGAACCCCAUGGAGACAUAUGAGGACCAGCAUAGCAGUGAAGAGGAGGAAGAGGAAGAAGAGGAAGAGGAAAGUGAAGACGGGGAGGAGGAAGAGGACAUCACCAGCGCCGAGUCAGAGAGCAGCGAGGAGGAAGAGGGCGGCCCAGGCGACGGCCAGAAUGCAACCCGGCAGCAGCAGCUCGAGUGGGACGAUUCCACACUCAGCUACUGACCCAGCUGCCACUCCCCAGCCUGAGACUCUGCCCCCCCCAGCCCUGGGUCCGUGAUGUACAAAGUCCUUGGGCCAGCAGGCCUGCAGACCCCACCCUCCCAUGCUUGGUGUUAGACCCGUAGCUCUGCCCUCGUCCACCUCCACCGGCUGUCCUCCCUGCUGCUCCUGCCAGCCAGCACAGGGCCAUGCGCGGCCUGGACCACGUGUGUCUGCUUCCCUUGCCGGCCUGAAAGGGUCCCCCUCCCCACCCUCGCCCUCGCCCCUCCAGAAAAGCUGCCGUGACAGGACUUGGUGACAAAGGGUAAAAAUUGUUCACUUCCACCUGGUAAUCAGUUGGUGGUUUUUUGUUUUUUUAAGUUUUUAUUUUUUCCAGGUUAGUGCAUGUAUAAAGUGGCAGAAUGGGGGUUAAUAUGUAGAUGAUCAAUGACUUUUUAAUAUUUUGUAAAUAAAGGAUUCUCUGUGUCCUUUG